CCUUGUUAACAAAAUGGCGGACAAGAAGAAGUCGAAGUUUUCGAAAACUGGCAAGUUUGACCUACCGAUUAGGGAUUAUAAAAGAAAAUUAGUAAAAGCAGUGAACGAUAAUGAUUUCCUGGUUGUUGUGGGUGAGACUGGAAGCGGAAAAACUACUCAACUUCCGCAAUAUCUUCACCAAGCUGGGUAUACUUCUCGAGGACAAAUGAUCGGUGUUACACAACCAAGACGUAUUGCUGCGAUUUCAGUUGCGACACGCGUGGCAGAAGAAACGGAAUGUCAGUUAGGAGGUGAGUGCCUUUCUGAAAGGUAGCUAGUGUAAUCCAUCCUACAUGCACCUACAUUACAACUAGUACUUGUUUGUACAACGUGGUGUUUUACAUAUACAUGUAAACGUUACAGGUCAAAAUUAAAUUCAGGCUUAAAAUUUUUAACCUAGGUGACUCUCAGUUUUCUUUGUCUCCUAGCCCUAAUUAUGACAAAAAAAAUCCUGAAUCAACCAACGUUAAAAAUUUUAAACCUGAAUUUAAUUUUACCCUUAACAUAUACAUUUAUUGACAAUAAAAACAAGUGCACAGGUCUAAAAUAAUUGUUAUAACCAUUUAAUUGUUGGUGUUUUUCUCACACAUUAAAAUUUACUGUUGUUUUCAGAAACUGUUGGUUAUCAAGUGCGGUUUGAUGACUGCACCAGUGACAAAACUCUUAUCAAGUACAUGACUGAUGGCUGCCUGUUACGAGAAUUUCUUGAUGAUCCUGUGCUUAGCAAAUACAGUUUAAUUAUCUUAGAUGAAGCUCAUGAAAGAAGUUUGGACACUGUGAGUUCAAGACCUUGUGAUCUCUAGUCUACUGAUUAUUAAUUUUCCUUCACUUAAGUCUCCCAUCUUUAAACUGCCCUCCUCCUUUCUGAAAAUUUGCAGGAAAUUGGAUCUAUUCUAUAAACAAAAAUUAAUGUCAUCACAGGCACAGACAAAUAUAGUGAGAUUUAUAUUACUAGUACAAAAUGUCAGGGAGACUUUAGUAGAACAAUCCAAGAGAGUUGGUAUCAGUUACUCUGAAUUUCUUUGCCAGUGAAUAGGUUCUCUGUUUUGGGGGAAAGGGGGUUAACAAUCAUGAGAAGACAGCAUACAAGGGAAAAAAUGUUCCAUAAUGGGGGGAGAGCUCCCCUGGCCUUUCCCGCUGCCCAGUCCUUUGCUCUGCUCACUUCACUUGUCAGUUAUUUCUCUUUUGCCCGCCCCCCCAAGGAGACUGGUCCCUGGCUAUUUAAAUCUAAACUGAAGCAAUCAAGGUGCAACCACAAUUUCUUCAACUAGUUAUUGCUUUAUGUUUACUAAAAAGAUAAACCAAUUUCUCUGAGAUGCUUUAGUGAAUUCUGCCUGUUUAGCCCUAAACCUGGUUUUUAUUCUUUUAAAUGUCCAAAUAAUCUAGUUGACUCGUCCCCAGUCGUCUCUAAGUUCUCAUUAUUAUUUACUAGUUAAAGAGCCCAUUCUAGUCUUCCACGCCAAAUACUAAUAAUGAGAGACAACUGGGGACGAGUCAGAUGUCCAAUAUUAUUAUUUCCACAGUACUGAAAAAAUGGUAUCUUCUGUAUGCUUUAUUUCAGGAUAUACUGUUUGGUUUAGUAAGGAAGCUGUUUCACAAUCGAAGAGAAGGAUCAGAUGAUACAUAUAAUAAACCUGUUAAUCGCCUACCGAAGAUUGUGAUUAUGUCUGCCACCUUAAAUCAUGAAAAGUUUUCUGAAUUCCUUGGUGGUUGUCCUGUCUUUGAAAUUCCUGGACGUUGUUUUCCUGUAGAAAGUGUCUUCCUAAACUAUGUUGGUGUUAAAGACUUACAGACACCUAAUUAUCUGAAACGUGUAAGUUUGUGGCUCUUAAUGUAGGAAAAGGAAAAUACAUAAAAAUUUUAUGUUAAUUUUAAUAGUAAACUAACAACAGAUAUUAUCUAUAAAUGUUGCUCUCUGGGUUUUUUCGUUUUUCAUAAUAAUCUGGUUGUUAAUUUAUUAUCUGCAGACUACCUACAACUGUUAUUGAAGACAAAUUGCUUAAAAACUAUUGUUUUCUCAAAACCGAUAUCAAUUUUUGACUAUCUGCUAGUUUCAGCGUUAAAAGUGGACUUUGAUAGCAAGGAAUAGUCCUUAACACUUUAACUCCCAAUAGUGCUCAAAGUCAAUUUUCUCCGGCCUUACUAUAUCCAUAGACUAUCAUGAACAAAGUCUAUGAGAAUUAACAAAAUGAUCACAAAGAGAAAAAUAUCCAAAAUGUCCAAAAUGUUGAUAGGUGGAGAGACCAGUCAUAGGGCAAAGUUGAGAUACCAUGAUACACCUGUCCCAUAAUAUUUGUAAUAAAUUAUUAUACAGCUUUCUAAUGGUCUCUGCCCAGUAUUCAAUACCAUGUAUACCUGCCAACCUCACGUCCCAUUGAAAACUUCGAUAUUUGCCUGAUUGAAAAAUAAAUUUCCAAAAAUAUGUUAACUCAGACCCAUGUAAGGAACGAAAACCAUGUGUAAAAUAAAUAAAUGGCAAUUUCUAAUUUUUGAAGUGGUCUCUUCGCUUCGGACGUCUUCGGAAGACUUCGGACUUCUUCGGGAAUCUUCGGAAAUGAUCGUGUCGUCUUCAAAAAUCCCAGCACUCCCAGGAUAAAAAUCUCACGCUUAUAUCUCAGAAAAAGUUGGCAGGUAUAUACCAUGAAUCCUUUCAGUCGCAAGAUUAUGGUCAUAAUAUUAUUUUUCUCACAAAAUUCCUUGGGAAUUCAUAUAACAGUAUUGACUAGUGACAGUGAAGUGCAUGGCUAAGCUCUUUACUAUUUGCUGUGUCUGAUAUUUAGGCGAUAGAAACAGUGAUGAGAAUUCAUCUUGAAGAACCACCUGGAGAUGUUUUAGUAUUUUUAACUGGUCAGGAGGAAAUUGAGCAUGCAUGUGACAGGUUGUUUGAGGCUGCAGAGGAUGUGGAUUACAGCCAUGAUGUCUAUUAUAAUGAAGUAGAGGCCAUGCUUAUUUUACCCCUCUAUGGAUCCAUGACAACAGGUUUGUGUAAUAUAUUAAACAUAGCUUUGUUUUCAGAGAAGUUGAUCGAUAUUUUAUGCUGUGCAUGUGCAAAGUAAUGACAUUCGCUAAUGUACAGGAUGAAAUAAACACUUACUCUGAAGGUACUUGUAGGAUAAUUAUUAUUUAUGUAAUAGGAUUGGAGGGCAGCCUCUUGUAAUAGUGUACAUGUAAUUGCACUUUCAUUUAUAUGUAUUUUUUAUUUUACUAUUUUACUAUAGCAACUGUUUGUAAAUACCAUAGCAACCCCAAGUUAGCUUUUAUUGCCACUUCUUGUAAUUUAACGGUCAUUCGUGAAUGAUUGCCUGAUGAGUGUGGCCAUUCUUUGACCACACAAAACAGCUAUCGUUGUCGCAAUAAAACGAUGAAUUGAAAUCUUACUACUCUUGAUCAUUAUAUUUUUUAUUUUAGAUUUUUUUGUGCACAGACACAUACACACUCUAGAAUUUUGGCUGAAACUGUUCAAUACAAAUGUUGUUGACAUUAAUGUGAAUUUUAUGAAGUGUCAAUUUUCUAUAUGAAGAUAAUGUGAAAAGUUUUUUUUUGCUCAUUGACAACUAGUAGCAUAAAUUUUGUGUUUUAUCUUCUCCAUUUUCUCUAGAAUAGUCAUAAUCCAUACUUAAUAUGCUUUAUAGUGCUUUCUUGUUUUAGAACUGCAGAAAAGAGUGUUUGAUCCUCCCAGCCCAGCUGUGCGGAAAGUUGUUGUGGCGACCAACAUCGCAGCCACUUCACUUACUAUUGAAGGGAUCAGGUGAAUGGCUAGCUCAUUCCUUUUCCCCUUCUACCACUGUGCAAAGUCAACCUUCAUGGGUUCAAUUGAAAAUUUUAAAUUAUUAGCUAAUUAUUAUUUGACCAAAGAAAAAUGAACCCAAAUGUGAACUGUGCUUGCAAAGCCAUUACAUAAUAAUAAUAAUAAUAAUAAUAAUAAUAAUAAUAAUGAAUAUUUAUACAGGAUAGCCCUUCAGUGCAAGAGCACUGUUAUCAAAGGGGUCCUGUCAUAAUAACAUAAUAUAAGGAUAAAAACUAAAAUAAGAUAAGAAUGACUAGGCAACUAAGUAACUACACUAGACAAAAAAUUGAUCUAAAGACUCCCUAAAUAAACUAGGUAAACUAAUAAUAGGCUAAAAACUACCUCUUUAUGCUAUUCUACCUGACAUCUCAGACACUGUGGUUGCAUUAGGUCACUACUUACUGGCUGAAUGCACUGUUGUUGAUUUGGAAAGUGUAAUAUCAUACAGAGCCACCAAUCCUGUUUGUAUUUUGCAGGUAUGUUGUGGACAGUGGUUUUGUAAAGCAGUUGUCUUACAACCCACGCACAAGGCUUGACUCUCUGAAUGUUGUCUUGAUAUCAAGGUGAUUUAAGAAUUUGCUGUCACUGUUGAAGCUCACAAAAUUAAUUCAUAUUUAAUAUUAAUCAUUCAAUAUAUAGUAUAAUUAUAAAAUUUUUUGGCACUAAGAAAUGAAGUUGUAACUGUAAGCCAUAAAAUGUUGUAACCAGCUUACCGGUAUUUUAUUACAAUGUUACAUUGCACAAAAUAAUGUCCUUUUAGUAAAUGCAAAGCUGGGGAAAUAAAAGAAUACAAACUGUUAUAAUUUAACAUGCAUGUACGUACAUUGUUUGUACAUUUCAGGUCUGAGGCUAUUCAAAGAACAGGAAGGGCUGGUAGAACCGCUCCUGGAAAAUGCUUUCGACUUUUCUCGAAGUAAGAAUUUGUCUUCUCCAUUCUUUCUGUGUUAAGUGUGAUGGUUUUUUUAAAGAACAGAUCUGUAAGUUAAGCCCCUGUACUAGGUCUUGUAGGUAAACAUUCUCAAGGGCUAGAUUAUUUUUUUUGUUUUGUUGCUAUUUUAGAGAGGUGUAUGAUACAGCUAUGACAGAAGACACAAUCCCAGAAAUACAGCGGACAAGUCUGGGUCAUGUGAUCCUGUAUCUUAAAUCCAUGGGAAUACAUGAUGUGUUAGGGUACGGACUAUUAAUUUAAAGUAUGUGAAAUUCUUUCGAUAAAUUUGAACUGACAUCUAGCAACGUAAAUAGGAAAUCAUUCAGUUGGUUAAAUUAACAUGAUUCUGGGUAUGAGAGAGGAAAACUGGCCUGGAAAAAGUGGCAGAAAUCAUUGUAAGGGUUAGAAUUUCCUAGAAAUGGGUACACUUGGAAACAGCAGCAGAAAGGCCAGAAUAUAAUUUAUUGCAAAGCUGUUGGGAAGGGACAAGGGGGUAGGGGCCUUUUUAAGCUUCACCCAGACUGACACUAAUGUUGAUGAUUAAAGAAAACCCACACACUGAUUUAUAUCUUUUCUACAGACUUGCUUUGAAAACUAGGACAUCAUCAUGGAAUUUUUUAACUUUAGUCCAAACAAAUAAUUUACAUGCAAUUGUAUAUUAUUACACCCCCUGUAUUGACUUGUUUCUGAUAUAAUUGAAUGUUUUCUAGUUUUCAGUACAUAGACCCACCAGAAGAUAGGAUGAUUUUGGAAGCAUUGAAGCAACUUUACUUUUUUGGUGCCUUGGACAGGUAAUGAAAGUAGAUGAAGGAAGAAGACAUUCACAGACAUGUUAUGUUAGUUAUUUUAUAAAAGAUAAUUAAAAGAUUUUGUCCAUAUAAUACUUCAAAAAAUUUAAAGCUGCAUUGCUUGUCUUCACAAGAGUUAAAGGAUUGAUAAUCUCCUGUUGUUGCCUUAUUUUGUUUCGUUUUUCUUUUUACAGGGGUGGAAAUGUUACCUCCCUUGGUAGCCAGAUGACCGAAUUCCCCCUGUCUCCAGGCUUGUCCAGGACUGUUAUCCACUCGGUCAGUCUUGGUUGCGAGGAUCUUGUACUUGCUGUGGCCGCUAUGUUGUCAGUGGAAAAUGUCUUUGUGAAUCCAGGCGGAAAGAAGAAUUUGUCUUCUGCAACACAAGUUCAUAAAGAACUUGCCGAGGAAGCAGGCGGAACAAACGACUUUGCAACGCUUCUGUACAUCUACAGACAAUGUCAUUCUAGGUUGGUUAUCCGAUAUACAAGCAAAAGUCCCUGGGGACGAUGUUGUGGAGUGGGAAUAUACUCUCUGUUGUCUUAAGGAGGCGUGGUGGGUGAGACACAGGUUAAAGACAAGCAUUGCCAUUGCGUUUUUUCCUUAGAAAGGAAACUUUGCUCCACCAUGUCUCUCUUCAUCCUGGCCCUGGUCCCUCAAAAAAUGGAUAGCGCUAACCAUCGGACAAAUGGGUGUGGCAGUAAGGAGUUCCAAAUAAAAACGAUUACUGCAUUUAGAGGAACGAAGGAACUAGUCGUUUCAGCUUGAAACGUUUAACAAAACCAGUAGGCACUUAUAAGCAAAGCUAUCGUCUCUCAGGUUUUUAAAAACGGUAGUUUUAAAGGUUCUGCAGUGUUAAAAAAGCGCUUUUAAAGCAUGUUUCUAACAUAAGAUACGUAAAAUGCCGACAUGUCGAUUCUUCACAAUGCGAAUUUAGAGAUAUUCAGCAGUCUACAGUUGGGAGUGGUUAAAAAUUAAUUUGUUCGCGUGCUAGUCACGGUAAAGCUUUACAUGUACAAUGUAUUCUUAAAAUCGUCGCAAGAAUUUUAGCCAUGAUACUAACAGUUUUUAGGGCGUCGCGCACUUACUACGAGAAUCGCGUAGCGCGCAACGCGACUCGCGAGAGGGGAGGAACUUACUUUUGAGCGUUGCUGAACAUACCACAUUUCACCGUCGCGGAGGUGCAGUGAAUACAUCAUCUUUCUGUCUUUUAGUUCGUCCCCUCCACGAUGGUGCCGUGAACAUUUUAUUCACUGGAGAGCGCUGAAAAUGGCCUAUAACAUUCAUCAGCAGCUGGAGAUGAUUUUACAUAAACAGGCAAGUUUAUCCUGGUACAUUCUUUAACUCUCUCCAAGGCGUUUAAGGGCUAAACUAGCGAGAAUGAAAAAACAAAAUUACACCUGCCCUUUGGGCCUCAGUUUAGUCUAAAAAUAAGGGGGGGGCGCCGGCCUCAACACAGCGAAAGCAAACAUUUCGAUCUUGACUUAUCCAAGCAACUGAUUUCGAAAAGAGUAUGUCAAUGGAGUUUCCUGGCAAAUUAACGUAACUAUGGAUUCAGUGCAAAUUAAUUCAAUGUGACUCGCUCUACAUGAAAACACAAAUUAAGUAACAAAAAGCGGAGCUAUCCCUACAUGGCCGCGAACUUUUUAUAUGCCCUUACAUGUACUAGCCUUCCACCAUUGUGGCUUUUGCUCGAUUCAGCACCGUAUGCGGUCAUAUGUGGUUUAGCUGGUUUCGUAUGCUCUCUUCCAGUGAUGGAGAGUUUUUUUCUCAGGGUAGUCCAGUCUUCCCACGUCCCCUGGUUUUACCAUUCCCAAUCCUUCCAGGUUCUAAUUCGAUGAGUGGAUCCCAAAACACUUACUGAAAAACUCCCUAAAAGCUUCAUAGACCUGUGUUUCGAGCUAAACAAGUUCAGUAUUUAACUACCAAAAACUACAUUUAAGUUUUCUUUGACUUAGCAGUAGAAUACCAACUUUACCUCUGCUUAGAGAUGCUUUCUUAGCAACCUGUGUGAUGUAUGAUCAUUUCAUAAUCCUUGUCACUACACUGUAUAUGUUUCCUAUAUCAACAGAUUGUCAAGUAUUCUCUUCGUAAGCAUGCUACAGACAACACCGGACAAAACUCCAAAGAGAUGCUAAGAAGGGCCCUGUGUAAUGGUUACUUUUGCAAUGUCGCGCGAAAGUAAGAAUGUUUCUUUUUUUCUAAGAUUAUAUCAUCAUUUUUUUUCUUGUAGAUUAUAUUGUUACCCAUUGUAACUUGAACCUUUAUGCCCCUAAAUCUACGUACAAAUUCUCCAAACUGGUAUCCAUACUUUUCCUUAUAGAAUUAAUUGAGGGAAUUUGUUCAAAGUUCAAGCGGCGACCAGAAAUAUGUCACUUUACAGCCACAUAACUGCAAAACAUGACCAUUCGAAGGCCUGCAUAGCAGGCGUUCUAAAGGGAAGAAAAAGGGGAUUUGGGGCGCGCGAGAAGCGCGAAGGUUGCGCUAGGGCGAGCGAGAGGAACCUCCUCUCUUCUCCCUCGCGCACGCGCGAAUUCCCUUCCCCUUCCCUUUUCGAACGCCUGCCACGCGGACUAACCAUUCGGUUUUCGUGGCAGGACCAACCAUUCGGUUUCCAUGGCUACCCUUUUAAUAAAUGAGUGCCAGAUAUGUGUCUUAAGAAUAACCAGAUUUUUAAAGGAAACAUUCCGAAUUCCUGCUGUUUGGCAGCAUAUCGCGUCAUCGUAUACUGAGGCAGUACAUAACAUGAAAGCACAGGAUCCGAAACCACUCGUUUAUAACUGUACAUGUUUUCUUUCAUUCCUAGAAGCAGCGCUGGAAAUAGCUUUCGCACCAUGGAUGGACAUGGUACUCAAGUAUACAUUCACCCAUCAUCCACGGUGAGGACCUGUUGAAUGAAGAUAAAGUUCAUUGUCUUCUUUCUUUGGACUUAGCAUAUUUUGCUCGAUUAGCCUACGCAGCUGGCGGCUUUGAAGCGGCAAGGAGAUUGAGGCGAACAAAACCAAUACCCGAAGAAGCUUAAUUUACAGAUACCAGUACCUGUAUAACAAGUUCAUUAGAUGUUGCGUCUCUGCUUUUUUUAUAGUUGUUUGGUUGUGAAGAUCAGCUUGAGUGGAUAAUAUUUCAUGAUAUCAUAUGGACCUCGAAAAUUUAUGUCAGAACAGUAUGUCCGGUGAGUAACCUAUUUUUCACGUGGUUUAAUGAACCACAAAGAAAUUGCCUCGACUGAAGAAUUAAUGUUCAUACGUCUGACUGUUAAUCCGUUCUCCAUAAUUGUCAGUGGCGUCCGGCAGAGUUGGUUAAGAGAUAGAACUUCCAAAGAAUUGGUUAGCUGACUAGCCUUUCAUAGGGAGGCGAGGGUGGGAGAAAUGCGGGACCCUUUUACCCUCUCCCCUUCCCCAUUUGACGCCUGCCACGUAGGCUAACGGCUAACUGCCGUCUGACCAACCGUUAUCUGACUGACUGGCAAGUUGACUGACGGUCUGACAGACGAGCAGGUCUACCUAUCGCCUAUUAACUAGCCGUCUUACCUGCUAAAGGUUUUGUUGACUGAAAAAGCGUUCAGUGGUCUGCCUGUUGGACUGGAUGAUUUGUUGAUUAACAAUAACUACUGCAGCGGCAGCGACGAAUUCGAAACUGGACUUCUGACUUACUAACACACUGGCUCACUAAUGGGAAGGAUAGCUGAUCUAUUAGUUAGAAUACAAAUGUCGUUGUAACUGGCUUUGCAACAGUUUUUCAGUUGAAUGAUCGAGUGAUUUACUGAAUUCGUGCUGUUGAAUGAAGCCACUUACUGUGCUAUGUACUAAAUUGAUUCCUUUUCUCUUUUUUUCCAUUCCGUAUCAGAUACGAUACGAGUGGGUGAGAGACCUUCUUCCAAGGUUACAUGAAGUAGAUAGCUAUUCAUUGUCAGGCUGGGCAGAGGGAAAACUUACAACCAGGAAACAAGAGGCAGAUGAGAGUAAACUAAACACCGCUCUUCAAGCAGGUUUCUGGCCUUUUUUUGCCCUGUGUAGUGUACAGUAAUAAAUGGUAUUGAGCCGUUAAUAAUAUCGCCUACAAAAUUUUCUAAAAUGGGUAAAGCCCCAUUUCUUUGUCAAGGAAAAACUCGUGUACGUGUGUCUUAAACUGUGAAGUUAGUAAUCCUUGCGAGACGGUGAGAAGGGGGACGGAUCAACUCGUUGUAACAGUAAAGUAAUUACAAUAACCCCCGGGCAAUAACCGCCCAUCUAAUUCCUUGUCUGUAUUCCAGACCUUUUCCUUUGUUGUCGGAAAUUACCAUUUAUCCACCCCCGCGCCGUUGAUCUAGCCAAGGUUCCAAAAGGGGUUAGAUGCCCUCUAAGGCUCCGGGCCAAAGUUAACAGGGCUCCAGGGCUCCCAACAAUGUAAUCGAGGGCUCCAGGCUCCAAUUUUUUUAUUAGUACUUUAUCCAAAUCGAUCAACCAGGAAAGAACCGCCAUCUCAGGUGUGCUAGAAUGUUCAAAUGCUAGUAUUUAGGAAUCCAGGCUCCGCGGCAAACGUUUCGAGGGUUCCAGGCUCCGCAAAUACUCCGGGCUCUGCAGCAAACAUUUUAGGGCUCCAGGGCUCCGGUCACCGCCCCCCCCCCCUCCCCGUUGGGACCCUGGCUAGCGGCCAAUAAGUCCCUUACGUUUUCUAUUUUCGCAAGUGCACUCGAUGGUCUGUAAAGAGAACAUAAUAGUCAGCUUUCUGAUUGUAUUCCAUUUUAUGCAUUUCAAAACGUUCUCUUUAUCCCACCAGGAUCAACCGAAGAAAGUCCGAAAAUCUCCAAAAGAAACACAGAGGACACCAUCACUGCUGCCAGACAACGCUUUCAAGAGAGAAAGAGGGCUCGUGAUCAGCAGCAGUAAGGCACGUGACAAGGGAAUGAAACUGUCCCUGGUCAGUUGGUUCGGUCAGUUGCUGUUGCACGGAUAGGAGGCACGUGCACGUGAAACACGUGCAGUCUACUGAUGUUCUUGGUGGUGGCGUUGUUUGUGCCGCCAAUGAAGAUCCUGCCCGAGAGAGAAAGGGUUUUGUGGUGGACCGUUCAUGGAACGUUAACGUUUACGCGAGUUAUGGGAAGAAGAAGUUUCACGAUUCCUAUAAGGAAAAACGCGGAACUAAAACUUGUGAUGACGGGCAAAAAAAAAGGAACUAAAACCUGUGAUGAGAGGCAAAACACGGAAGUAAAACUUGUGACGAGAAGCAAAAACGCGGAAAUGAAGAUCAGUUUGCAUGUUGAACGUGUGCGGGAUCGAAUACGGAACUUUGACGGGCAACUGGAUAUUUUGAGCAAGCAAAUCAUCCAACUCAGAGCGAUCAAGCUUGUGGCGAGAGCAAGGCUCGUUGCACCAUUGAAACAAAGGAAUCGAACAACCGUGACUACGGACGGAGAGCUAACACUCCAAACUCUCUGAACCAGCGUGAAAUCUUUAAAUUUGCUCUAAUGGGAACCAAAACAUACAAUUCCCGUAACUCUAGACAUGACAUUUAACGCUGAUGCAACCUGUCGGUUUUUUUCAAGUUUACUCGCUUCUAUAGUUCUCACGGCACCGAACGGGACACUUCGUUCACAAGAGACCGCUCAAUAUAUUUUCUCUUUUUCACGGAACUUUAAACGACUAGGCGUCUAAAUUUCGUUCAGUCAAGGUGGUUCCGUACGCGUGCGAACAGAACACCUAAACGAACGAAUUUUCGAACCGGUCGAAAUUUUCGUCUGGUGCCGUGUUAGCUAGUGUUGAAAGUAGAUCUGCGUGGCACGUGCAGCCAGAUAUUGGGACUUAAGGCUAGUAGAGUGACAUCUUAGGAAAAAGCUGUUUGAAAACAAACUGCCGUAACGUUACCAUGGACGGAAAAAACAUUUUUUCCUUAUGCUUAUUACACAAAGAGAAAGUGCUGACACUGGCAAG